UGAGAAAAGUUCAGUUCUACAAAUUUUUUGUGUUAAUAGAGAGAAGUGUGUAAUCAAACAUAAUAUAUUAAUAGUUAAUGAAAAAAGAUGGACCCCCUUGUGAUGAUGGUAAAUCUUUUCGAUGAAUAUUCCAACGAAUUUACGACAGAGUACAAAGGUCGUAUAGUAAAUGUGAAGCUUUAUACGGAAAAUGGUGUUGAUAUUCCAUAUCGGGCCAGGCUCAUGAACAUGAUUGGAUAUGAAUUCGAAGUUCUUUUAAUAGAAAACGGAGAACUUGACAUGGUGGAUUUAAACCAAAUUGAAAGAAAUUCCUCUGAAUAUAAUGAGCUUGAAUCUUUUGUACGCCGUUUACAAGAAAUUUACAAUCAAUUUCAUCAAUAUUUUAGAGAAACUGAAGCUGUCGCUUAUUCAGAAGAAAAUAAUAUUUGGAAUGUCGUUCAACUGAUGGAGGUAUUGUGGUCAUCUGAUCGACCUUGUGAAUUCGUGGUCGAAGAUUCUGCAUACGAAGAAAAAUUGAUGCUGGCAAGUAAUGUUCGGUGCAAAGAACUUCGUGAAAAAGUGAGUCUGCUGUCAAAUGUCAAUAUUUUAUCGAACCCUUCUAUGGAAUUACUUAGUACCAAAAAGUGGCGCCACUGUACAUUGCAUAGAAGGGUUCGAUAAUAUAUUGACGUUUGACAGUAGACUCACUUCAUAUGAAGAAAAAUCACCAACUCCUUUAAAUUGUGCCGGGAGCUUGGCUGUACGCAAGCUAUUCCUGAUGACGAAGUGUUCAAUCAUUUGAGAAAUGUUCAUGGACGCAAUGAUGAAUACAUACGAAAUCAAAUUGAAUGUGGAUUCUAUAAGAGAGUAGGACGACCUAUCAUCUAUCGGCAUGCCUAUCGGCCA